CAAUGUGCCCAGGCAUGCGGCCUAGCUGCAGAGGCGGCAGAGUUUCGUCAUGGUCCAAGGGAGCUGCCUUGCUGCUGCCUGCCGAGGAGCCGCUGGUGGCUGAGCCCCCCCCAGCUGCGCCCCCGGGGCGGCAGGAGCAGCACCUCCAGCUCAUGAUGCAGCUGCUGCGUCCCCAGGAUGCCAUCCGUCUGGCGGUGCGGCUAGAGUCGGUGCGGCCGCAGCGGGUGAGGUACCUGCUGGUGGUGCGGCCGGAGGAGGCAGGUGCCGAGGGGCAGACGGUGCUGCUGGGUGUGGACUUCCCACACGAGGGGUCCACCCAUUGCACCCUGGGCAUGGUGCUGCCCCUCUGGAGUGACACCCAGGUCUUCCUCGAUGGUGACGGGGGGUUCAGCGUGAUGUCUGGGGGACAGACACGAAUCUUCAAGCCCAUCUCUGUCCAGACCAUGUGGGCCAUGCUGCAGGAGCUGCACCGAGCCUGCGAGCAGGCGGCCUGCGGGGGGCACAUCCCCGGGGGCCCUGCGCUGCUCUGGGCCCGGGACUACACGGCUGCGCUGAGCUCGGAGCAGAGCUGCCUCAACGAGUGGCUGGCCAUGGCUGACCUGGAGUCCGUGCGCCCCGGCUCCCCCCAGCCCCCGGGGCCGGCGGUGCCGGAGCUGACGGAGCAGGCGGUGCGGGCGCUGCUGCGCGACGUCCUGGCCUCCGCUGACCUGGAGAGCGUCACCUCCAAGGAGGUGCGGACGGAGCUGGAGCGGCGCACGGGGCGCAGCCUGGCCCAGCACAAGGACUUCAUCGACAACGAGAUGCUGCUGGUGCUGGCGCAGAUGGACCGGCCCUCCUGCAUCUUCCCGCACCUCUACCUGGGCUCCGAGUGGAAUGCUGCCAACCUGGAGGAGCUGCAGCAGAACCGCAUCACCCACAUCCUGAAUGUGGCACGGGAGAUCGACAACUUCUUCCCGGCACUGUUCACCUACAUGAACGUGCGGGUGUACGACGAGGAGGCGGCUGAGCUCCUGCCCCACUGGAACGAUACCUUCCUCUUCCUCUCCGAUGUCAAGGCCCGCGGGGGCCGGGCGCUGGUGCACUGCCGCAUGGGGCUGAGCCGCUCGGCAGCCACGGUGCUGGCCUACGCCAUGAAGGAGUUCGGGUGGCCCCUGGAGCGGGCACUGCGGCACGUCCGGCGCUGCCGCCCCGGCGUCCUGCCCAACCCCGGCUUCAUGCGCCAGCUCGACUUCUACCAGGGCAUCCUGAGCGCCAGCCGGCACAGCGUCCUCUGGGAGCCCCGGGCGGCAGAGCGCGUGUCCCAGCCUGAGCUGGAGGAGGCUGCACCAGGGGACGAGGGUGCCCUGCCCAAGCUCCGAGCCCCAUCCCCGCAGCCUCCCGAGGAGGCGAGCAGGCACCCGGCGGGGCCGGGGCUGUCGGGGGCACCCCAGCGCCCCCGCAUCUCCCUCUGUGCCGUCAUGCGGAGCAUCAGCCUGAUGGAGUCCCCACAGCCCCACGAGCUGCUGGAGGAGCCCCUUGGUGGGGAGGAGCAGGCGGACCCCGGGGACUUCUACGCCAACCAGCUGGCCGUGUUCUACCGCGAGGAGGGCGCCUGGCGGGCGGUGCUGGGGAGCUCCGAGGCCGUGGACUGGAGCCGAGCCUUCCAGAUGCAGGGACGGGGUGCACGAGGCCGUGUGCGAGGCGGCCGUGGCCAAGGGGCUGCGGAUGAAGACUUUCCGGUACCGAGCGAUGCUGAGCCCUGAGCCGCCCCGGCCCCGCGUGCAGUGAGUUGGGAGGGGAGGGCUCGGCUCUUCCCUGGGAGGGCACAAGGGUCCCUGGGCACAUCCCCAGCUGGCAGAGGGGUGACGAGCUCAUCCCCAGGUGACGUCAGGGUCCCCAGACCCAUCCCUGUGUGGCACAUCGGUCCCCAGUCCCAUUCCCGGGUGGCAGGGGGGCCCCUGAUCCUAUCCAAGCGACACAGUGGUCCCCACAUCCCUGUGUGUCCCAUUGGUCCCCAGUCCUGUUCCUGGGUGGCACGGGGGUCCCCAACCCCAUCCUUAGGUGGCACUGGGUGAGGGGGUCCCUGCUCCACCCCCACUGAGGGCGUCGGGGACCCUUUCCCCCCACCAUCCCACCCUGUUGCAGGAUCCCAGCGGGGCUGCGCCUGGCGUCGCUGUCCCCGUCCCACGUCCCACUGCUCAAUGCCACGUGGAGCUUUGGGGGCACGGGGCGCAGCCGCCGGUUCCUAGAGGGGCUGGUGCGGGCACUGCCCAGCGCCUGCGUGCUGGACCCCCGCGGGCGCCCGCUCUCCUGGAGCCUGGUGGACCCCCUGGGCUGCCUGAGCCACGGCUACACCGUGCCCGCCUGGCGUGGCCGCGGGCUCAGCGGGCUGGUGCUGGCCGCGCUGGGCCAGGGGCUGCACGCCCGUGGCUUCCCCGUGUACUGCGGCGUGCUGCCCUGCAACACGCCCUCCCUGCGCGCCCUGCGCGCUACCGGCUUCCUGCCCCAGCCCGGCACCCUCUACAUGCUGCUCAGCACCCCCGAGUAGUGCCCAGGGGGGCGUAAUGGGGGUGUCACCACCGGGCCAAGGAGGGGGGGCUUCCACCCGAAUUCUGGCCCCCGGCGAGCUCCCUGUCACAUGCACCACCACAACCCCAGGGGGAUUCCGGUGCAGCUGCCCCCUGUUCACUCUGGUCCCUACUGAUGGCGUGUGCUGGCUCCUUGCCUGCCCCCCCCCCCCCGGUGCGGUGUGGGCUGGGGGGAGGCUGAGGGGGGCUGCGGCGGCAGCACUGGAGAAAGGCUUUUAUUUGUUAAUACAAGAAUAGAUCUUCUGCAAUAAAUACCCUAAUAAAUAA